AUGGACCCCGACUCCCAGCGGACGGGGCAGCAGUGUUUCUACCCGGAUCACGCCCCACGCCGACGUCGAAGACCCGCGUCGCUGCUGACCAACUUUCCCAUAUACGCUCCCGGCGACGGCUACGUCGACAUCAGAUACGGGCCGCCGCUCGGAACUGGUCCCAACUACCGUGAUAUCCUCACGACACACCCCCAGCUUUUGUCCCUUCCUCGCCCCGUCACUGCAGGCAUUCCCGACCUCAGGUCCGAGAUACUACAACACGACGGCUGUAACUAUGGCCUGGACCAAGGCUACUACCCUGACGAGCUGCCGGAUGGUCCCGACUGCCAGUUCCCGUUGCCCUUCUCAGUCGAUGAAGCCAACGCUGCUUAUGCCCUGGACUCUUGCAGCCUCCAUGUUGAUGCCACCAUCGAGGAGAAACAGGCCAGUCCAUGGAGCACCUCUAAGCCGAUCGAGAGGGCCGCCUCCUCCGCCCUCAGCUCUUCCGGUUCGUCGGAUGACGACAUGGAAUGGGCCGUCGACUUGGGCUGGACAACCUCCCAAGUCGGGAGCCCGUCUCAGUUCCUCGAAUCGUCCGACAUGGCCGCCAUCGACGGCUUGGCAACGCCAACUAGUUGCAGGGCGGCCCCCAAGGUGGCUUCUCCAACGGAAAAGCAACAGCCGGUUGACGACGAACUCCUCGCAGGCGUCAGAGCACCGCCGACGCCGCCUCUUCUGGGCCGGAAUGGAAUAAACGCAUCUUCGCAAUCAUUCUAUGGACUGCGCGACGCUGUCUGCCGCUCGCUCGGCAAGAAUCAGCAUGAAAUUGCUCAUGCUCUGGCCGCCCCUGAAAAUAAGACGCCAAACACCAGUAGGACCGCGGACCUAGUGCCGGUUGGCGAGUCAUAUUCUUACGAUGGCUCUUGGUGGACGCUGGAGAGUGGUACGGCUCUGCAAGCGUACAUUGCAGCCUUUACCGACUGUUUCUACAGUUUCAUCCCCAAGACCACCAUCGAGGCCCGGAUCAAGGAGGCCCGUCUGCCGGACGCGAGCCACCUCGUCCGCGGCUUCGCAAGCGCCGUCCUCGCGCUCGGCGCAUAUUACCACCAUCUCUACCGGCGGCGGCAUCACGGAGACGCGGUCGUCGCCGGUUGCGGUGUCCAGAAGCAGAAGCAGAAGCAGAAGCAACAUUCUUGCUCACGCAACGGCGACGGCGGAGACUUAGACGGCGUCCAGGCGUCGUGGCGACUACGUGCCGCCCUUGCUUUCCGCGGGUGUGUGAGAAGUUUGCCGAGUCAGCUGUUGAAACUCCAGGCCUCCAUUGCCAGUGAGUGCGAUUUACCAUCUCUUGUCACCGAGAAUGUGGCAAUUGCUGUCAUGCAUGUUCGCGAACUGGAAUUGGUACAGAUGAAUGCCAAUGAUGAGGAGUCUGCACUCAGCUCGGCAUACUCGUACGUGCUAGACGUGUCUCACGCUCUUGAUCGAGGAGCGCCUCCGGAAGACCAUGUUCUUUCGUGUGCUUCACAUCAAGAAACUUUCAGAGGAGGGAGACCUCCCCAAAAAGCCAACUGUUGGUCCAUGAUGCUGACGUCCUCUGAGAUGCUCGACUGCGACCGGAUGUACGGCUCGAGCCCCUCAAACCACGGGUCAGAAGAGGACCUGCUGGGUAUACGCUCCCUGGCGACUGUAAUGCACGGCUGCUUAAGAAGGCAGUUCAGUCCUCGGGCGUCUUACACCCACUCUUCCGAGAUGGUGAUCCCUGGUGGCGGCAGAAGGCAAAGCCAUUGGGAGUCCCAAGACCAGCUUCGGCGCUGGGUCGAGCUCUUCCCCGGCCUGAACUUGCGGAUAGCGCCAGGGAACAACGGCAGUCUGCCCACCAGCACGUCACGCCUGGCCUUCUGCAUGUACCACCGCGCCGUUUUCCUGACGCAUUGCCCGUGGAUCGCGGCCGCUGCCGGGCUUGACUCUGAGCCCGUGCUCGAGCAUGAUCACGAUGCCCUUGGACGCGGGUGCUGCAUCCGGGCGUGCCUGGAAUCGGCCCAGCAGCUCAUCGACGCCAUCCCUUGCUUCUUUUCCCCGUCAUCAUCCGGCACAAAGCUCGAGAGACAAACUCUGGAGGACCUGGUGCUAGCUAGCAUUUUCCUCAUCAUCUAUUGCAAGGUUGAUAGGGACGUCCCCGUGGAGCAUAGGCGGAAAGCGGUUGCACUGGCAGGGCUAUGCCACGGAUCCUUGGCACGUAUCAGUCUUGACGAGAGCGAUGUCGACUGCGACGGCGAAAGCGAUGGACACGACGAUAGUCUUGGUCACCACCCGAUCCUUGAUCGCAUUGGUAUGCUGGUGUCAAUCGCCGGUCGUUGCAAUCCCACAUAG